GAAAAAUUAAAUUUGCAUCUGUUAUAUGGCUGCGUACAACUUGGAGCAGGUUCACAUUGUUUACUAUCUCCACUACUCCAGACCCCAGCCCCAGACCCCAUCCAGUCUCCGUAUGGGUACAUAGUGAUGGUGGAUAGCAGUCAUGGUGGGGGGCCAUUGGCACAUCUUUGAUUAUAGGUCUUUAUUGGCGACUAUGUCGCGGCAUGCGCUCGUGUCUGCGCGCGAUCGGUGCGGUGCCCUGAUUGGCGGCGGUGCGUGCGGUCGGUGUCGGCGUGAUGCCUCGGUUGGCUACGGCGGCGUGCGCGCCGGUCGGUCGGCGCGGCGAUUGGCGGCGGGUGCGGUAUCGGCGGCAGCGGUGCGGUGGUACGCUGUGGCCCUAAGACCUGACGCUAGCGGCGCUGUGAACCGGCGCGGAAGUCGGCACGGUGCCCGGUAUCAGCUGCUCGGCGCAUCAGCUGAUUGCUCGACGCUGUUGUUGUCACCACGCGUGGUGACAAGUCGCGGAGCCGGUUCCUCCUCACUGCGGAGUCCCCGGGUCGGAACGACGGCGACCGCUCAAUGCGCGGCCGAGAGCUCGGGUACAGAUCGUGUCGGUGAGCUACCGCUCGGUACGCAGUCAGGAAGGCACUCACUGCGUGCCGGGAAGGAUCGUAUACGAGGUUAUGGCGCUCAAAGUACGCGUUAGGAAACCUGGCUCACUGCACCAGGAGGUACGGUCUGCUCACUUCGCAGGCCGGGGAAGCUCUGGUUCUCGUCGCGAGUGGAGGGUUUAUAUACCCUCCACUUGGUGGUGAGGGAAACAGAGAAGAGCGGAGGGAGCGAGCGAGUAACAUAAAAAAAGAUAUUGUUACGGUCUUACGCCACUCCAGUCAGCGCGCCUACGAUAUUGCGCUCACCGCAUACACUGCUGCGUA